AAAGUGAAUAUAAAUUAUUGAUAAAAAUAGCUUCUAAUAUCUACAAAAAUAACAAUGCAAAUACAUGGAUUAAUUUUUUAAAGUUUUCCAUAGCUUUAAGAAUUUAUUCACCUAAAAUUGAAACAUUUAAUCAAAUAUAUUUGGAAGAUAAGAAAAUGCUUGAAAGGAAUGUACAGCAAAUUUUAUGUUCUCAGAAAUUUUAUAUACAAUUUAAGAAUUUAUCAUUUUGUGAUGCCAAUGAAUUUUCUUUAUAUCUUCACUCAAGUACACAUAAACAGGCUCGCAAAAACGAUCCCUGUCUUCAAAACGAUCCGCAGUUAACUAUAUACAAAUCCGUCGAUCACAGAUACCCUUCUCCAUUAACUCCUCGCCCGUUGCACACCGCUACUGAGCAUACUCAUAAAUAUGAUUGUAUUGCCGCAUCGUUACCACCUGUCGUACUAUAUUCCGAUUUUAGAUCAGCCCAUUUCCGAAAAAAUCACGGGAUAUUGAAAGAUCUGAGCCUCGGAGGUUCGAUCCAGUAUUAUUUCAGGCCAGUUUUCGCGCUAUCGGACACCAAGCUUGACGUCGACCAUAAUCGCAAAACAUUUUUAUCCGGGUUCGGCGUUGAAUUGACCAUAAAAAAUACGGAGUACAGAGCGAAAGACGAUGAUGGAAUCAAAAACACCAUCGAAAGAAUUAGAUCAGACAAGGAAAAAAAUAUCGAUACUUAUAAUCAAUACCUAAAUUACUCUAACAUAUUCCACGAUGAUGAUGAUUACUUAGUCCAAGGCUUCAAUUUCACCCGUUUAAACGAAAAUUAUGCGGAUUACAAAAUGGAACUCAACAAAAUAAAAGACGAAUUGAUCGAACAGAACAUAGAGAUCCAAAAUUUGAAAGCCUGGGAAACGCAAGAUUUAAGCUUUCAGGCCGCUCAGAUCGUUACGAAAGCACAGCGGUUUGACGAAAGACUAAAAAUUUUGAAAGACAUUUCUCAAAAUUUUCCGUCCAGAGCUCCAAGCCUGACGGGAAUCAAAGUGGAUAAAGAUUUUCAAAAGGAAAUCGCCAAAAAUCAACUCGAGACAUUCGAGUUGCUCAAUUUGGCCAAAGGAGAUUCAGCCUUUUAUAUAAAUAGGAUGCAAAUUGAUAUGGAUAAUUUCAAUAUAUACGACAUGCUUCAAACGUUGCGAAAAGAGAUCAAGCCCAUGAACGUUUUACACCACUAUGGCAUUCAAGGACAAGAUAUGUACGAUAUCCUUAGCACAGGCGUAGAGUUGAAAGAAGAAGAAAUUGCUUUAGAUUUCAAAAACACCGAAGCUAUAAAGUAUCUGAACGAUCUAGAAAUAGAUGAUGAGUACAAGAAAUGGGCCGGUAGCUUAAACAUACUAGAGCAAACAUUUUGGUUUGGUAUGAUAACUGAGAUCCGUAAAAAUCUGUUCAACGUUAUAAUGCUCUUAUCCCCUUUAUCUUUUCUCCCCUCUCAAAAAGAUGGAAAUGAUCAAAACAAUUUAAACAUCGAUUUAGAAACGCUCAAAUUGCUCAAGGAAUUUCAAAAAUUCCACAAAAAUAAUCAGCCUUUUCAUUUAGGUAUCGUUCUAGUUUACGAAGAUUUAGAUUCGAACGGUAACAUCAAUGAUAAUCCCAAAUAUAACAACGCGUCCUUGCUCCUGCAUUCCGCCUUCAAUUACGCAUACAUCAAUGGUAAGAAAAAGAUAGAGGCGCUUGAUUUAUUGAUUCAAAUUUUAGAUCAUGCCAUUAUCGAAACGGGUCCAAGUAAAAAUUACGACAAAUACUCCGUGAUAUCUGACGCUGUUUGCUCAUCGAUAUCAACUAAAUAUGGACUGACCAGAGACGACUGCCUUAAAUUAUCUUCCAAUUCCAAAUACAAUCACGAUAUAGAUACGGGACGUGAAUAUUACGAAAAUUCUGGGUUGGAGCAAUUACCGCAAGUUUUAUUUAAUGGCGUUCCUAUGACCAAGCAACAAAUCGAUAAUACUUUAUUCGAAAAAGAGAUCACCAAUUUGGUCACCAAAGCUUAUUACACCUAUUAUGAGGCCUAUUUUAAUAACGUCAUUAACGAUAGAACUGAUAUAAUAGAUUAUCUCAACCAACGUUCAAACGUGCUACCAAGAAUAAAUAAAAACAUCUUGAGCAUUACAGCAAAAUAUCUCGAUUUCAGAAUAUUGAAUUAUACAACUGAUUUGAAGACCUUAAGGUAUGAUGACGAUUCGAUAACUCCCUAUUUGCCUCACAUAGUUUCCGAAGACUUGGUUUACCUAUACAAAAAAACUGAUUCAUCCGUUAAACCAAUCACCAUAUGGCUAAUUACCGAUUUAGAUAGUUUUACAGGAAAGAAACUCAUUUUAAGCACUUUGAAAUUUUUGAAAAGCUCGAUGUAUUCCAGAAUAGCCAUAGUUCACAACCCCGUCGAAUCCCUUUUGGGUGGUGAUAAAAAAUUUGAUAUAAAAUACAUAAUCGAAAAUUGGGCCGUGAAAUUAUGUUCCCAAAGCGCGCUGGAAAGUCAGAAAGAUAUCAAUAUUGUCAAACUCUUCCUAAAUAAAUUGAUCAAAAUUGAUAAAGAGUCUUUGAGUUCUAUAUACAAUGAUGUUAUUGAUAGUAACAAUAAUAACGUUAAUAAAGAAAUCUUAACAGAUGCUCACUUAUUCAAGGCUGUGAUUGAGAAGAUACUUGCUCAAUAUGGUGUCACGAAUAUUGACCAGGAAGCAUUUAAAAGAAAGAGCCUUGAAUUGUACACAUCGAUGACGACGAAACAAAACAAUGUAUUUAAAUUGCAUUCGGAAUUCAGCCUCAAAACCUUGUUAGCUCACAAUGGCGAAUCCUUAAUAGUGGCCAAUGGAAAGAUCAUUAGGACCUUGAUUCACGAAUCCCCAUUCUCUUCUUCUGAUUUCAGUCUAAUGGAAAAGUUUUUAUAUAACGCCGUAGGCAAAAAUUUGGCCAAAAAAUUGGAGGACGAUAUAGAUACUACCGAAUUAUCUCUGAGCGAAUUCAAAUUGAGCGAUAUAAUUAUGAAAUUAAGUUCCGCCUUGUUAAGCAACAAUAACGAAGCUCGAAGGAUCAAACUCAAAAUUAAGCACGAAAAACAUGGGGCCUGUAUAAAUCAAGAUGAACAAAAAUCGGAAAAUAUAUCCCCAAAAUACGAGAUCAUGGCCAUAUUGAACCCGCUAAGCCGCGCGGCACAAAUUUUAUCUCAAGUUUUAUUGGUAUUUAAUGAAGUGUUGAAUGCUGACAUCAAAGUAUGCUUCAAUUCUAAGCCCAAGCUUUCCGAGAUGCCCUUGAAAAAUUAUUACAGGUACGUGUUGAAUUCUGAGUUGAAAUUUUCUUCACCAUCCGCAAAUAGUGAAGCAAUCAAACAGACCGACAAAUCAAAUAAUUUUUCUCUAAUACCUUCCGCUAUAUUUCAAAAUUUGCCCCGCACUCCGCUCCUCACCAUGAUAAUGUAUCCGCCCCAAAAUUGGAUGAUACAGUCCAUCAUCACUCCUUACGAUUUAGACAACAUUCACAUGGACGAAAUACCUACUGACGUUUAUGCCACCUUUGAAUUGGAAUAUUUGCUUCUAGAGGGGCACUGUUUUGAUAAAACGAGCGAAAAACCUCCUAGAGGCUUGCAAUUCACAAUGGGCCCGCCUUCCGAUCCACUCAUGGUCGAUACCAUCGUAAUGGCCAAUUUGGGAUAUUUCCAAUUAAAAGCUCAUCCAGGAGCAUUUAUACUAAAAUUGCGGGCCGGAAAAUCGGAAGAAAUCUACAAAAUUGUUGGCCACAAAAACACCGAUUCAUUAUCUUCGGAAUCUAAAGAUAUAUUAGUUGUUUUAGACAAUUUUUUGGGAAAAACCAUCCAUGUCAAGGUGACCAAGAAACCAGACAAAAUGAACGAAGAUAUCUUGAUCGAAAGUUUGGAUCCUAAAGUUGGUGGCAAAAAUGAGAAAGAAAAAGAUGAAAACAAUAGUGGAAUGAAUCAAAAAGAAAUAAUGGAUUUCGAAGAUAAUUUGACGGACAAUUCUCUGGAUGAGAUUUUGGAGGAGGAUGAUGAAAUAGUGGUUCACGAAGAUUAUAGAAUAAAAGGCAAGAAAAUAAAUAAUGGCACUAAUCGUUCUUCGAGCGAUAAUAACAAAAGCACUAUCAACAUCUUUUCGGUGGCCUCCGGACAUUUAUACGAAAGAUUUUUGAAGAUAAUGAUGUUGAGCGUUUUAAAGCACACGAAAAAUCCAGUCAAAUUUUGGUUUCUCAAAAAUUAUCUAUCACCAUCAUUUAAGGAUUAUAUACCUAAAAUGGCUAAUGCUUACAACUUUCAAUAUGAACUAGUGCAAUAUAAAUGGCCUCAAUGGUUGAAUCAACAAACAGAAAAACAAAGAAUUAUAUGGGGGUACAAAAUCUUAUUUCUGGACGUUUUGUUCCCACUUGACGUUGAUAAGAUUAUAUACGUCGACGCUGACCAGAUAGUGAGGGCAGAUAUGAAAGAUUUAAUCGAUUUGGAUCUUAACGGAGCCCCUUAUGGCUAUACUCCUUUUUGCGAUAGCAGAACUGAAAUGGAAGGAUUUCGAUUUUGGAAAACGGGAUAUUGGGCGUCUCAUCUAGCUCAUCGGAAAUACCACAUAAGUGCCUUAUAUGUCGUAGACUUGAAGAAAUUUAGGCAAAUAGCAGCCGGUGAUAGAUUGAGAGGACAAUAUCAAGGUCUUAGUCAGGAUCCUAAUAGUUUGUCCAAUUUGGAUCAAGAUCUCCCAAACAACAUGAUUCAUCAAGUCAUGAUCAAAUCUCUACCGCAAGAAUGGUUGUGGUGCGAAACUUGGUGUGACGAUGCUUCCAAAAGCAAUGCCAAAACGAUAGAUUUAUGUAACAAUCCUAUGACAAAAGAACCAAAAUUACAUAGCGCUAUGAGAAUAAUACCAGAAUGGGUUGAUUAUGAUAACGAGAUAAAAGAGUUGACCAAAUUGCUGGAAUCCAGUCAAUCCAUUAUUACAACUCCAAUCUUGAACAAAAACGAUGCCCUCAAAAAUAUGGAUGGAGAUUCAAAUAAUCACGUGGAACUUUAAUAAACCAAUCGUUUUUAAUACCCGAUUAUUAAAUUAUCAAUUAUUAAAAAUUUAUAAAUUAUGGCAUAUUUUUAAAUAAAAUCGUGAUUUAAAACGAAAUUCACAUUGUAUCGAGUCUGG